GCGUGAUUCCGCAGUGCGUUCUGACGUGCCGUCGCGACCAUCUCGUUUCGGCUGACAGUUGCUGCCUGCGGCUGGAAGCGCAUCGCUUCAGCUCGAUCGCGUGUCGUAUUCACCGUGUGUGCGUGGGUAGCAAAAUUUUGACGGCUGUUUCUGAGUGUGUGCGGUUUCUCUCUGCUGUGGCGGCAGCAGGGGCUAUGAGUCUGGCUGCGUGAAGGGAGAAGCGGAGAGGAAAAAGGAAGGACGAAGCGGGGAGAGGCGAGAGGCUUCCAAGACGGCGCGACGCGCAAGGAAUGCGGCCAGCAUGGCGGUGUCGCAGGUGCUGUGGCGGCUGUCCGCCGCGCCUCUGCUGUUGGCAGCACUGACCGUCGUCCGCGCUGCAGACAUGACGCAGCUGUUCCUUCGGAGCCCUGAGGACGCGGUAGCGCCGCUGGGGGACCGCGUCUCGUUCGACUGCCGGCUGCGCUCGGGGGCGGACCGCAUCCGCUGGAAACACGCCGGCCGCUUCGUGUCGCACGUGCCGCAGCAGGCGCAGUCGACGUCGGCGUCGUCCCACGCGCAGCAGUCACCGCACCCGGCCCCCUCCGGCGCCAACGGCGGCAAGGGCCGCGUACGGUCCAGCUACCAGGUGCACGUCACCAGCUACGACCAGGCCGGCGACUACCAGUGCGUGGCGUGGUUCGGCGCGGCGGCCCUGGUGUCGACGCCUGCACAGUUGCUGGUGGCCCGGCUGGACCCCUUCCCUGGUGGCGACGGGCCGAGCCAGCAGGUGGAGGUGCACGUGGCCGUGGGUGGAAGUCUGGUGCUGCCCUGCCAGCCGCCCCCGAGUGUGCCACCACCCGCGCUACUCUUCUACCGGGACGAACACCGUCUCCAGCCCAGGAGCGCCGCUGCUCAAGCCGGACCAGGAAGACUGCUCCUUACUUCCCUGAGCGAGUCUGACUCUGGUAACUACACGUGUGAGGCUGUGAAUGACAUCACAGGGCAGCUGGUGAGGUCACCCCGUAUCUUCUCUGUGACUGUCACGAGGGACCCACCGCGCUCAGCGCCCCGUUUCCUGGAUGACCCCGUCCCACUGCGGAGGUACCCUGUCAGGGCAGGUGAUAAUGUGACAUUACCCUGCUGGGCACUCGGACAUCCGACUCCAGUGACGAACUGGUUCCGAGAAGGUAACCACAAAUUGCACCCCACGCGCUCUGCCAUGGUUCCUGGUGGACUGAUGCUGACAGGGACCACACUGGAAGAUACAGGCCGCUACAAGUGCAUCUUGGAAAAUUCACUAGGUUCUGUCUCGCUGGAAGCACUAGUUGAAGUUUUGGAGCCACCAGUCCUGGUGAGAGGCCCGAAGGUGGAUCGAGUGCAGCAAGGAGACAAUGUUGUUCUCGAGUGCGAGUUUCGAGGGUCUCCACAACCCAACAUCACGUGGGUCUUCAACGGAAACUCUGUGACCAAUGACAGCCACAUCACAGUUAUCAGAGGAAAUCUUGCCAUACAGAAUGCUGACCUAAAGCACGCUGGCAUAUUCCAGUGCUUUGGCCGAAAUGAGCUUGGGUCAGUCUUUGGAUCUGCAAUGGUGGAAGUCGCCCCUAAUGCUGUUAGCAUAAAUCCAGAUGACAUCGGAGCAGAUGGCACUGAUAUCGGUGAUGGCAGUGCUGGUGGCAGUUCUGGUAAGAAGUCAGAGGGGCCCCACAAAGGCACCAAGGACCGCAGAAAGAUCAACCAUGGCCAUGUACGUAUGAUUCCUCCCUCGAGGCCACAUGUCACACGCCUCUCAGACACAUCGGUGAUGGUGCGCUGGAAGGUGACCCCGAAUCAUGGUCUGCCCAUCCAGUUCUUCAAAGUCCAGUACAGCCACAAGGGCCACGGGGGUUCGGGAGGUGGUGGCAAGCACCAGAACUGGAUGACCAACAAUGGGGACAUACCACCCUACAUACACACGUAUGAGGUGGACAACCUGGAGCCCAACCAGACAUAUCGGUUUCGCAUUGCUGCUGCCUACUCCAAUGAUGACAAUAAACUGAGCCCUAACCUGCGACACUUCCACCUGAAGUCGGACGUCGGCAUACACCUUCCGGCACCGACUCUCUACAGGACAUCUGCCCUGUCUCCUACGUCUAUCAAGCUCUACUGGAAGCAGUCAGAGCCGGCAGAGCUGGAAGGCUUCUACAUUUACUACCGGCCGGCGAGCACGGCCGGGGACUACUUGCACGUCACGGUGGAGGACCCGCAGGCAGACACAUUCGAUGUGGAGCACCUGCAGCCCGACACCACCUACGAGGUGAAGCUGCAGGGCUUCGUGAAAGAAGCUGCCUCGGCCUUCAGUGCCAUACUCACCCAGAAGACUCUGCCUCUGCCCGUGACAGAGCCACCAGUUUCCGGAGCAGACAGCACCGUGGACGGGGCCAACAGUGCACAGGUGCUGGUAAAGACGGUGGAGGCGAGCGGGGCGGGCACCCUCUAUCUCGCCGUCGGCUGCAGCGUGGGCGUGAUCGUCGUCGUGUUGGUGGCAGCUACCGUCGUCUGGCUGCUCUACCGUCGGAAGGUCUCUGCGAGGGCUGGAGAGCGAGGGAGUGAUAGCCGGGACAAAUUCCCAGAGAUCACGGCGGUUGCCAAGGGCGGGCGCGGGGGUGGCCAGCAGAACGGUCGACCCCCGCAGCGGCUGCCGCAGACACAGCAACCGCUGGCCAACGGGAAGCUCACCAUCACCACGAACCCCCUGGCAGAGGCCGAGGAUGAGAGCCUGAUGGAGGCAGCGCGCAGCCAGAACAACAACUGCGAGGGCGUGGACCCGGCCACGGGGGCGUCGGUCCCUGCUGGCUCCACGGAGCUCGCCUGCUGGCGGCAGCAGCAACAGCAGCAGCCACAAGCGCCGAUCCCGUACUCGUCCUCGAAUCUUCCCCCAGAAAACUACGUGUGAGCACCCGAAGCUGUCAUCACAUUUGUAGCAUACAAACACACUUUUAGAUGCAAAUAGUGAGACUGCUGCAGUACCAUCAUUUCAGAAAGUGCUGUAAGAAAAAAAAUAGUACCUGCGAUACCUUAGUGAUGCAGUGUGGUGCAGAUCACUUGAAUGUGUCGAGUCUGUGGCUUUCCGUUUGUGCACUGUGGAUGUACACUUAUCACCAGACAUGUGGUGUAUCCGUAAGAAAUGAAGACUAUGAAUACAGUGCAUUGCUCCUUUACUAGCUUCUAUUUUGGUAAAAUAGUUAACAGCCGUAACUCCGUCCUGAAACUAAUCUCUUCCUACUGCAGUAACAUGGCCAGUGCCGUGGGCUGGAAGGUGCUUGUGAUUCGUGAAGGACACCUUUUUCUGGUGCUACACCUAUCAGACUUCAACUUUCAGCUUAUUUACUUGAGAAGAGAGACUGAACCCAUGCCCACAGAUCCAGUUUGUGGGCAGCAUACAAACGUCUUGUGUUCUUUACUAAACUGGAAUGUGUACAAUUUAUUUCAUUGUGUAGCUCUUUUAUCAUGAAAUGUUCUUAGCUUGUGCCUGGUAUCCCCUUGGAGCAGUAGAUAGGUACACAGUCAUAUGAGAUAGAGAUUGUGAGGGGGACUUCCUUUCCAAAUUUCACUAUUUAAAGAUAUCACACUUUCUUACUUCAGACAGUUAUUAAAUUGAGACUUCCUCGUCCUUCCCUAUAUUAUGCAGUGGGGAUUGGGGUGGGGAGGCAGUGAGGAAGAGUAUACAGAGGAAUCAAGCAGUUAAAUUCUAUCUCCAGUGAUUUUUUUGCAUCCACGAAUCAUGAAUCACUGAACCCAAAGAACCAAAAAGAAGUAAAGAGGAAGAGAAAAGAAAAAUGUUUGUUGAAUGCACAAUUCAGAAAUUAGAAGUAGUUGUGAGAGGAGUCAAUCUAAAAGUAGAGACAUUUUUAUUGAAGAUAAUGAAAGAGAAAUUAAUUUGCAACAUAUUUUGGUAUCUCUGCUAUUUUACUAUGUACCACUAUUCGAAUUUAAACAUUCAUUGUAGUGCUACACAAGCUUUCUGCACACUCAGUUGCUGUUAAAUUGCUGAAUGUCUCAUUAGCAUCCUCUUUCCGUUUACUGUUAUUUCCAUUGUGCUUUUCGCAAAAAAAGAAUCCUUCAAUUUCAGAGAAACAUGGUAAUCACUUGGGGCCGAGUCUGGCCCGUUAAGGAGAAUGUCCAAAAACUUCGCAUUCUGCCUACAUAACUGUAGGUCAGUCAGAUGGUUCUUCAUUAAAAGUAUUUGUUCAUCCAACAUUAAACAUUUUCGAACUGAAGUUUUAUUCAUAACAUUUCCAAGAAGUCCAGUUAUCAGUGCAUACAUUUUGAUGAGGGCAGAUAUUUUUUUUUUUUUUUUUUUUCAUUCAGAAACCACAUUACACCAUGAGCCUCACACUUGGUGGUACAGUUACUUUUGUCACACAUUUUAGAAUCGGACUACUAAACAGUAAACGAUUGUUCCCGCUUUUUCUUAGUGUCACACUGGAGCCAGUGAUUAUGAAGGUCUCUGACAUUAUGGAGGGGUGGGGGGAGAGUUUCACAGAGUCUCUCUUGUAUUUGGGAAAUUCCAUCCUUGUGGCAUUUUCACUUGAAGUGUAACACAGUUUUGAAGGAAUGGAGAGUUUGUUCAGUCACUUAAAUUAAUGGACAAACAGAUACUGCAAAACACUCCGUAUAAGAAUAACUAAGGGAAAAGUACGUCAUCUCAGAAAAUCAGAAAAUAAAAGGAAUUUGAUACAUCUAGUGGGACAGUUAUGUAAACAGAAUGUUUUUUUUAAAGAGAAAUAACCAUUAUGUUUACAUAACUGUCCCACUAUAUAUAUAGUGAUUAUUGUUGCAGUGACAAUUGUCAUGCCCAUUUCACUCUCUGGUCUUUCAUUUGUCUUUGCCUAAAUAGUUAGUGACAUUCAGUUAUUCAAUCCUAUUUUUCUGAAGCUCUGGAAAAAGUUUAAGGGGGCACCAUGCCACAGCAUAAACAUAUGUUAAGAACCAGUAGCUAAUUUUAUGGCACACAGUUUCUAGUGUGUUAUGUCCUCAAGGAGGCAGCUCAGAAGUCUUUGUGCCCUUGUACAUACAUUAAAAAACUAUAGGUUUGUUACGAGAAAGCACAAAGUGCCUGUAUAGUGCAGUUGCUUGUAUGUUUGCAGAGUAGCAGUCUCCAAAUAAAACAGUACUUCUUAGUAGAAAAAGUCUGCAAGGGUUCAGUUUUCCUUGUGUAAACACAUCUGAUGGAAUUAGAAACGUAAGAAUGACUUUUCAGAAAAUUGUCAAUAUUUUAAAAAAUAAUUUUUUGUACAGACUUAACUCUGCACAGUAAAUCACACAGUAGUUGUAUGUAUCAACUAAAAUUAAAAUCAGAUUAAUAUUGAAAUGUACAUGAGUGCAUUAAAAUGUCAAAUGAAAAUAACAAAAAAAUGUAAACCAAACACAAUGAUGCUCUUGGUUGCAUAAAUGAGCAGUCACACUGUAUGUACACUUUCUUAGGGAAGUAAUGCAGAAGUAGUGAAAGGUCUUCAAGCUCAAGUUUCAAAUCUUUAUUCACUUCUAAGGUAACUAAAUGUGCUGUGAGAUAUCUAUUUUAACUGUAUAUAUCUAGAACAGUAUUAGUCCUUGUAAUGAUAACAUACCUGUCAGUUGACAUGGUUCUUCAUUGCUUACUAGUGAGACUGCAUACCUGAAACUUACAAAAGAAUAUGGUUGUGAGGGUGUGGAAUAUUUUAUAUUAUUGAUAGUAAAAUAAAUCAAACUGAAAUAACUAAGACUGUAUUUUUAAACAUUUUUAUAUCAAAAGAAUGAAUGUACUCUUGUAUAUAUUGUAAACCUACAUGAAAGUAUUUCUUGCUAUUAAACUAUCACUUAUUCCUAUUUAAUGGAUGACCAUCCAGGAAACACUUUACAAUGUUUGAAUGUGGACCAAAAAUUCCACACAUCACAUAACUUUCCUCUUCCUUCAAAUAAAAGGGUAAAAAGUAACUAUUUCUUUAUGUAUCUCAUAAUAAAUGCUACCAAGAUUAAUGUAAUAUUUUUUCAUCAAAUUUGAAACAGAAGUUAUACAGAUUUUUAUACAUUAAAUUUCCUUUCUCAUAGAUCCAAGGCAAUGACCUAUUUAAUAUGUGAAAUGUGGACAACUAACUUUGUACACAUCAGCUUUUUAGUGAGCAGGCAUUAAAGGUUCAUGUAAAGUCGAUUUUUCAGUCAUGGCUUUAUCUCAUGUGUACACUGUGAUUCUCAGAAGUCUACGUGUAAUACAGAAACAAAUUUAUUCAUUCCUGAUGUGUGUGUUCUUGCCAGUAUAAAUUCAGUACAUUGCACAAUCUUGCCAAUGCAACAAGACUUAAUUAAGUUGCAGUGUCAGUUUUUGUAUUGAUGUAAUUUAUGUAUUAUAUUAUUUGUAUAACAUCUAAGUGAUUGUUAAUAUUUUUGCUCUAUUUA